AUGCCCCGGUUGUUGCCUGCACAAGAAGCAGCUAAAAUAUACCACACCAACUAUGUUCGCAAUGCUCGUGCCAUUGGUGUCUUGUGGGCAGUGUUCACUAUAUGCUUCUCCAUUAUCAUGGUGGAAGUGUUCAUCCAGCCAUAUUGGAUCGGAGACAGCCUAAAUACGCCUCAAGCUGGUUACUUUGGACUAUUUAGCUACUGUAUAGGCAAUGCACUGACCUCAGAGCUUAUCUGCAAAGGAGGCGCCUUGGACUUUGACACUGUACCUUCAGGAGCCUUCAAAACGGCCAUGUUUUUUGUAGGGGUGUCAAUGUUUUUGGUGGUGGGCUCCAUGCUGGCAUUCGGUCUUUUCUUCUUCUGCAAUUCAGCAACAGUGUACAAGGUCUGUGCAUGGAUGCAGCUGGCUGCAGCUGCUGGCUUGAUGAUUGGCUGCCUUAUUUACCCUGAUGGGUGGGACUCUGCAGAAGUCAAGCGCAUGUGUGGAGACAAGACUGAUAAAUAUUCAAUAGGAGCAUGCACAAUACGCUGGGCAUAUAUCCUAGCUAUCAUUGCCAUCCUGGAUGCCCUCAUUCUAUCUUUUCUGGCAUUUGUCCUUGGGAACAGACAGGACAGUUUGCUGCCUGAGGAUUUCAAGAUCCAGAGCAAAGGUUAG